UCACCAGUCACCAGUCACCAGUGUCACCAUCAUCAGCUGCCUUGACUUCAACUUCACACCUUACUCUCUUACUUACCCUAAUACUCAAAAUCAAAAUAAGAAAUCAAAGCACCAUUGUUUUUUCCCAACUAAUCUAUUUCACAAUCCCAUCUCAAAUCAUACUCUUCUGAUUUCCAUUUUUCUUGCUAUGUAUCAAGAUUUUAAGUAACCACUGAGUUACCAGUGGGUUCUUUAUGAGUAUGAGUAAUCUUGAUUAAAGAGUGGUUUACAAUUCAGUAUUAACUAUAAUGGGGGUCAAGUCUUUUUUUGCUUCUUAUUGGACAAUGGCUGGUAUUAUCUGGUUGAUGCUGCUGUCAGUAGGUUUCGUUGAUUCUUAUGUAGUAGUAGAUGGAGAGUUAGGACCUAGGACUAGAACUUCUAUGACUUACAAAUAUGAAAGAACUGAUGAGGUCAAGAAAGAAUGUGCUUUUGUUUUAGCUUCUGCUUCUGAAAUGAAACCUGAUGAUAACAGAAUCUAUAGCAUAAAACAAGAAUUAUCCUUUUUGAAUGGAGAUUGGUGGCAAGUGUCCAGUGGGGCUUCAUUAAUGCCCUUUGAUGAUAGAGAUUUGAACAAAUCAUUAGAUCUUCGAUCUCCGUCGAACUUAGUUUCGUUUUGGGUUACUGAUGUUGAUCGUACUCAUCGGUCUAAGAAGUCUGUGAGUGUGAGUGGUAUAUUGCAGAUUGGUGUCACCCUAGAUGGGUUGUUUUCGAGUAAACCCUACGAAAGAAGUCCUCAUUUUGAUAUAUGGCCCGGUCAUUCCCAGCUCUCUGUGUUGUUUGAAGGAGUAUACAUUGAAUCGAAGAAAAGUCAAGGGGAAAGAGUGAUGUGUUUGUUAGGGACAACCAUGUUGCCUUCUCGUCAGCAAGAAUCCAGUGAUCCAUGGGAGUGGGUAAAGGAAUCUGGUUAUACUAAUCAGCCACCUCUUAUGCAAGAUGAUCGAAUUUUGCUCGUGCUUCAUUAUCCUAUAACAAAUACACUGACAAAUAGAGCUAUUGUUGGAACCAUGAAAAGCUUAAACCCAAAAGCCAGUUUUAAGUACUUUGAUGAAGUUCAUAUGUCUUCUUGGCUAGGAACUUCUUCUAAGUACGAAUUUGGCUCGGAAAAGUUUGUGUCAAAAGCUUGUGAUCCAUACCCGUAUAAAGAUAGUCUGAGUACUGACAUAAAUACAUAUAGAGGGCUUGACUUCUGUUAUAUUCUUCAGAGAUUCACUCACCAAGAAGCCUUAACAGUUGUUCCAAACUGGAAAUGCAACGGUACGGAUAAUUUUUGCAGUCAACUGGGUCCAUUUAAAUCAGAUAAGGAGAUAAAGGCCACGGAUGGAGGUUUUAAAGAUGUCAAGCUUGUCCUUCAGGAUGUUCGAUGUGAUAAAAGUUCUUUUAAAGAUAAUGACACUUUCACAAGGGUCUCUUCCAUGUUUAGAGUGGUGUCUCCGUUUGAGAAUCAGUUCACCGCAGCACAAAGGACUGGACUUAAUAACAUGACUCUUUCCGCUGAGGGAAUCUGGAAAUCUUCCAGUGGACAGCUUUGUAUGGUUGGUUGCCGUGGACUUGCUGGUGCGCAAGGCAGCACCUGUGAUUCUCGAAUAUGCUUGUAUGUUCCGCUCUCUUUUUCCAUAACACAGAGGAGCAUAAUCACUGGCCAUUUUUCCAGCAUCGAUGGAAGUGGUAGGCCUUACUUCCCUUUAUUAUUUGAGAAACUAAUCCGCCCUGUUGAACUGUGGGAUCAAUACACUGCUUCUCGUCCAUACUACAAGUACUCAAAACUCGAUGCAGCUGCUGCAGUCCUUGAGAAAAAUGAGCCCUUCAACUUUGGUUCAAUGUUUAAGAAAUCGCUGUUGACGUUCCCAAAACUGGAAGAUGCAGAUUCUUUUACAGUCAGCCUUUCAAUUAUUUCUGAAGAUCUAAGCCUUCACACAUCAGCAGUAGCGGAUCAAAUCCCUGAUUCAGCUCACCAAAGAUUUGAUAUUGAGAUGGAGAUUCUGUCUCUUGGUCCAAUGUUUGGGCCUUUGACAAAUGGCUCAAUCAGUGAAAAAGAGAACUCGUAUCAUGCUAAAGCUGAAUACACAGAGAAACAGCUGCUCUUAAAUAUUUCUGCUCAACUCAGUCUCGCUGGAACAUCAUACAACAACAUCUCUUUGCUUUUCAUAGAGGGGUUGUAUGAUGCGCAUGUUGGAAAAAUGUACCUCAUUGGUUGCAGGGAUGUUCGAGCCUCCUGGAAAAUUUUAUCAGAAAGUAUGGACCUUGAGGCUGGAUUGGAUUGUCUAAUCGAGGUGGUUAUAUCAUAUCCACCAACCACUGCUCGUUGGUUGGUCAAUCCAGCAGCUAAAAUCUCCGUAUCUAGUCAAAGGAAUGAGGAUGAUCCACUCUAUUUUAAUCCUGUGAACCUUCAAACAAUCCCCAUUAUGUACAGAAAGCAACGAGAAGAAAUUCUUUCGCGCAGGGGCGUAGAGGGAAUCCUCCGCAUCUUGACACUCUCUGUGGCAAUUUUUUGCAUUUCCAGCCAACUAUUUUACAUCAGAGAUAAUGCAGAAUCAGUACCUUAUGUCUCGCUUGCGAUGCUAGGUGUCCAAGCUCUUGGCUACAGCCUUCCUUUGAUCACAGGUGCAGAGUCUUUGUUCAAAAUGAUGGGUGCUGAAACCAAUGAGACUCCGUCUUACGAUCUUGAUAACAGCCAGUGGAUCCGUCUGAUUGAUUACGCUGUCAAGGUUCUUGUGCUUGUUGCCUUUUUAGUAACAGUGAGGCUCAGCCAAAAGGUGUGGAGAUCCCGUAUCAGAUUACUGACGAGGAACCCUCUUGAAUCACAUCGCGUUCCAAGUGAUAAGUGGGUACUUCUCAGUACACUGAUAAUACAUGCUGUUGGAUAUACCAUUGUUCUGUUCAUCCACUCCUUUAAUACAAGCCAGAAACCUCUUCGUGCUGAGCGUUACGUAGAUUCCACUGGAAAUUUCCACACGUUGAGGGAAUGGGAAACUGAAUUGGAGGAGUAUAUGGGUUUGAUUCAAGAUUUCUUUUUGCUUCCUCAAGUAAUAGGCAACCUUGUUUGGCAAAUCCAUUGCAAACCACUCAGAAAGCUAUACUAUAUUGGGCUUACGUCGGUUAGACUUCUGCCUCAUGUAUAUGAUUACAUCAGAUCUUCUGUUCCUAAUCCCUACUUCUCUGAGGAAUAUGAGUUUGUCAACCCCAGGUUUGAUUUUUACACCAAGUUUGGGGACAUUGCAAUACCUGUGGCUGCAGUUGUUCUUGCAGUUGUAGUAUAUAUUCAGCAGAGGUGGAAUUAUGAGAAGCUUAGCCAAACACUUAAACUGGGCAAGAUUAAGUUUCUACCAGUCGGUUCCCGGGUAUACGAGAGGUUGCCUUCUGCGGCAUUUGAAGCUGAACUUACCUCAGGGGUCAAAAGUCAUGAGAAAGAACAUGAUGUAGACUGAGUGAGAUUACUCUUUGAAAAAACAAAAUAGGAAACAUUUACUGACUUGUUGUAUGUACAUUUUGAGCAGUUUAUAUCCAGUGUUUCUGAAUUGUUUUUCUUUCUCAAAUAUGCUUUUACCUGUCUGAUAAUGAGACACACAAUUUAUUAAAAGAAUCCAACAUGCAAUAU